AUGCCCUCCGAGACUGAACCCCUGCUCCCUCGCUAUGAGGAUGACACCUCCCGGCAGCGUCGCCUCCACCAGAAGCUCCACAGCUACCAGAUGAUCCGCGCCAUCUCCGAGGGAUAUCUACCAACCACCGAACAAACAAUUGCAAACCUCCGCACCCUCCUCGCAUCGGAUGUCCUCAAUCUCCGCAAUCAAGAUAUCGGCAGUGUCGGUCGCCAGCUAGUGCGCGACACACGCUUGUGGAUUCAAGUCUUCAUCGAGUUCCUCCAGCAAAAGAACAACCAGGAUCAACUACAGGAGUUCCUCUGGCGGCUGGCCCGCUCGCGCGUCCACGUAGAUAGCGACAGAGUCUCUAGACAAGCUGCGAAUGUGAAGGCACGGGCUGAUACCAAAGCUGCAUAUGACAGUUUCCGUACCAUCGGUGGUCUCCUAUUGACCAAUGCCGAUUUCCGUUUAUUCGUCGACGAUAUUGUUACCGUUGGCCGCCAGAUCUUCGCCGACACCGCGGAGUCCCUCGCGGAAUCUUCCAAGCUUGUAGCAAAGCAGGUGCAGCCAUCUGCGGAGGAAGAGUCGGCGCUCAAUGGGGCUGGUGCCGAUGAAGGACAUGAAUUGUCGAAGGAUGAGUUGAAGGAGGAUGCCGCUCAGGUAGCGGAAGCCACUAGGGAAGGGCUUGCCCACACGGGACACGAUGCCGUGCAAAGUGCGAAAGAGCACCUAUCUGGCAGGGAGAGAGAUACUCUUCUCUUCCGACUGAAACAAGCUGUUCAGAAACUACGUCAGAGGACAGACUACUCUGACUCGGUCGCGACGCUUGCCAAAUUGCUGCAGCGGUACGCUAAGAUCUACGCCGAGGUCGCGGAAAACACUACCUCGACCGCGGAAGAAGAUUUGCAGGCCAAUGCUGACCUCAAAUGUGCGGUCGAUGAGUUUUGGGUUCUCUUGCGAUCAUUUGGCAACGCGGAAGAGUGGGACAAAUUGCAGGAGAAAUUCCACAAUGUCCUUCGACAUGCUAAUAAAGAUCCGGAAUUUGACACUCUACUAGGGCAGACUGGAAACUCACUCCAAGACAUGUUGACUGACCCAGAAUUUUUCGACUCUGCUCCACAGAAGCUCGAUGAGCUCAAGCAACAGUCCGAAAAGGUGGGCACUGAGACUAGUUUGCGCAAGGAUAUGGACGACUUCCUGGCCCAAACUAAGCAAACGCUACGCACUGUACCAGAAGAUCCUGCUGUGUACAAAUUGAUCAAUGCCACCAAGAAAGUCUACCAGCACGCAUGGACUGCCUAUAAUGAUAACAAGGCCGACCUUCCAGCAGACCUGGUCAACGUCUUCCUCCCUGUCCUCUUGCGCACACUCCAGUACAUUCCCAUCCCGCGACUGGAGAUAUCUGCCCCAGAAAUGGAUCUUCUCAUCGAGAAUUUAAUCCUUGAACCCGGCCAUACAGUCAACUUUUCCUCUUUCCUCCCGUACCGCAUGCACCUCCUCACGCGCAACGACAUCGACGUUGUCAAAACGCACUCUAAGCGCACCGAAACUUUCAUGAAAACAGCCUUCACAAUCACCAUCCAAGGCCUGAACAUCAGCGCCGAGGACUUUGGCUACUGGUUCCGUACGCAUACAGGACUCUUCCACCUCAAAGAUGAGGGAAUCGCCAGCUUCUAUCUCGACCGCCGCGGAAUAGACAUCUCACUAGAUGUUGAGGUCGGACGGGGCAAGCUCGAGCAAAUAUUCUCACUGCGAGGCGUCCGCGUCCGGAUCCACAAACUCGACUACCAAGUCAAGCGCAGCAAAUGGAGGUUCCUACUCUGGCUGACCAAGCCAUUCCUAAAACACCUUGUUCGCCGCGUCUUAGAGAAGAAGAUCGCCGAAGAGAUUGUUGCGGCGGCAUUCACGCUGAAUCGCGAAUUGGUAUUCGCGCGUGAGCGUCUGCGUGCUGCGCGCAUUGCCAACCCGCAGGACUUGGCUACCUUUGUCCGAGCUGUUCUUGCUCGCUUGAAGCCUGCUGAUUCGGAUGUCGAAGCGCGGAUUGGCCUUGAGCCUUUGAAAGAUGGUGCUUUCAAGGGUGUAUAUGCGCCUGGGAGUAUCGUCAAGACAUGGCAUGAUGAAGCGACUCGCGCGCAGGAGGCUAUUGAGGAUGGUGAUGAGACUCAUGGACUUGGCCAUACAUGGCAGAACGAUAUCUUCAAUGUUGCUGGGCAUUAA